GGGGUAUAAAUAGUGAGCGCACACACUCCCGCAGGAUUAAGCAGCACACCGCGUUACUCCUGGACAUCCUGAAGACUUUAUCAGGAUUAACAGACAGCCACUGCGAAACAUGGCAGACACGUUACGGAGGCUGGUGAAUACAUCAUCCUACAGCGUCCUGCAACAAAAACUGGAAGCCUGGUACAAAGACUACCAUGUGAUCUCAUGUGACCAGAGCCUAAACCGAUGCUGUGAGCUGGUAGAGCUCACAUCCAAGAUCCAGGGGCAGCUGUUUACUAUACUUAACCUCACUGCACAAGAAGGUGGUCACUAUGCAGGAGUGGACACACUUAAAUCUCGCUUGCUGCCAUGGCUUGGUACUUGCUUUACCACUGCAAGUUCCACAGUCUCACCAGACACCAGUCUCAGUCUUAUUCAGGACAAUGCGGAGAAGGAGCAAAAGAUCCGUGCGCUGGCAUUGUCUCAUGAGAGUGACAUGCAGAAGAUAGAAGAUCAGCUGUGCUCCACACGUAUAGAGCUAGACACUGUGAAACAGGACCUAGCUGAUACAAAGAAUGAACUGGACUCCACCAAAAACAGAUCAGCAACCACCCUUCUUGCCACAGAGGAUGAGAUACUGCAUCUGAAGGCUGAGUUGUGGACAGCAUAUGAUCAGGUUGAGCUCUAUAAGAGGAAGCUGGAUGGGCUGGAGGACUACGAGAGGCAGGUCAGAUUACUGAAAGACGAGGUCACUUUUCUUACUGCUGAGAAAACCAUGCUACAGGAAAGACUGUUGAGAAGUCGUUCACCCAGUCCUCUUCUUCGGAGAAGUCGUACCAGCAGCCCAUUGCGGAGUGAAUCCCCUACCCGUGCUCAGCUCACUAACUCGUCCCGGCAUGCCCGGUUUGUGUCACGCUUCUCUGACCUGUACGCCAUCGAACGACUGGAGGCGCAGAGCCUCCUACGGCGCUACAUAGACGACAUUGAGACAGUGCAGAGGAUCAUCUUCAUUGCCACCGUGGAAUCAUUCCAGGCUGCCAAGUUGGCCUAUCGACAAUUUAAGAUGCGUGUGAGGAAAACUCUUUCUCCUACACAUAUGGGUCCAGACGGUCUGGAGGAUGCAGUGGUGGACUACAUUGUGCGAAACCUUGACCUCUACGAUGUGCAGAUAAGUGUUAAUGAUGUGAUCAACUCUAUGAAUGUAAACCCACAUAUCUCCUUGCCUCCUGAAGUGGACUUCAUGGUAAUCAGUAGUUUUAUCAGAGAGGUGUGUAGAAUUGCUUUUGCCAUGCAGACGCUGGAUCCGCCCCUAGACCUGGCCUUCAGCUCGGAUGGAGAGCUCUACAGUGACAUCAAGUACAGGCGCAGUUAUGAUUCAGAGUUCACUGCUCCACUGGUGGCAUAUCAUGUGUGGCCUGCACUGAUGGAGGGAGACUCAGUCCUAGUGAAAGGAGAAGCUGUGACCAGGAGAGGAGCUUUGUGGAGUAGCAGAAGCCGGAGCACUAGUCCAGCCCGCUCUUGCUCAACAAGCCCCAGCCGCAAACUUCUUUCUUGGCCUGAGGAUGUUCAGUCGUAGCCGGAGCCCAUCCCCUGGACGUCUCUCAGCCAGCCGACUAUAAACUUAAACUCUGAAACUUUCAUUAUAUAUCUCUUUUAUUAAUUUCAUAACUUGUAGUUGAAUAUAUAUAUAUACUUUCACAGAUUAA